UUAUCUACCAGAUGCAUUUAGCCAGACUCUCCUGGGGUUUGUUUUGCUGUUUUCCUGCAGGGUUCAUUGGGUGUCUACAAAAGAGCAGAAUGUCUAAUAACAUGGCCAAAAUUGCAGAUGCACGAAAAACAGUGGAACAACUGAAACUGGAGGUUAAUAUUGACAGGAUGAUGGUGUCUAAAGCAGCAGCUGAGCUGAUGGCUUACUGUGAGUCCCAUGCAAAAGAGGACCCCCUGGUGACCCCCGUACCAUCCUCAGAAAACCCCUUCAGAGAGAAAAAGAUAUUCUGUACAAUUUUGUAGAUGUUAUUUUUAAGUCACAAGGUUUAUUGUAUUAUUUUCAAGAUAUUCCUAAAACCUUGCCAAAUUUUUUCCUUGA